GAGUGUACAUUUAACAUGAUUCUUUUUAUUGUGUUUUUUUAAUGCCCAAGUAAGAGAUUUUUUUUAAUCAUUUGUGACUCCAUGUUGAUGUCCUCCAGCAUCUGGAUCAAUGUUUUUUCAGAUAGUCAGGAGUUUUGUAUAUAUAUUUACAUAUAGCAGGUGGAUGUCACUUUACAUUCCUGCAGGGCGACCACACCCUUGUUAAAACAGGAAAUAAGGACAGCUCGUACUGUGUAAAGAUAUAAAGAUAAAGAGGACGGGAGCUAACCCUAACCCAUGUCAAGGUAAAAUCCAUUGUCUUUAAUGGUGAAACAUCAGUAGCCUGUGAGAGUACCACGCCCAGCUCCUGUAAAAGAUGGCAGUGCUGUGUACCUUGGCGUUCACCAACAUGAACCUAGCAAGGAUAGGUGUGGUUGGUCUUACGAGCCUUGCAUUUUUCUAUCUUAUGUUUUAUGAGCCACUAACUAACUUUUGUCCAUCAUUGUUGACCAAUCCUGAGGAAGUUGAAGAAAGACAUUUUACAAAAACAAAUUCUCCUGAAAAACCAAUUGUUCUGCUUUGGUUCUGGCCUUUGAAAGUACCGUUUGAUUUGUCCAAAUGUCCAGAAUAUUUCAACAUCAGCAGCUGCAUACUGACUGAUGAUAGGUCUUUGUACAGCAAAGCAGAGGGAGUCAUUUUCUUCCACAAAAGUAUAAAUGCAGAUUUAUCAAACCUGCCUCAGGAACCUCGCCCACCCUUUCAAAAAUGGAUCUGGUGCAAUUGGGAAUCUGCUAUGAACACAGAGAAAAAACCACGGCUGGACAAUCUUUUCAACCUGACACUGAACUUCAGACGAGACGCUGACAUCACUGUUAGGAAUGAGUUGACCAUCAGGGAUGAGGAGAUGAAGGACAACAUCAUGCUUCCAAAGAAAGACAAACUUGUGUGCUGGAUUGUUAGCAACAAAUUUGCUGUUUAUGGUACAACCCUGAGAGAGAACUAUUACAGUGAACUGUCCAAAUACAUAAAGAUCGAUGUGUACGGUUUGGCUCAUGCUGGGAAAUGGUUAGACUUUGAUGACUAUUACUCGGUGGUUGGUAAUUGUAAAUUUUACCUCUCAUUUGAGAAUUCCGUCUACAAAGAUUAUUUUGUAGAAAAAGUGAAUGGGCCCCUCGUGGCAGGGACAGUCCCAGUAGUUCUGGGUCCACCAAGAGAAACCUAUGAGCAGUUUCUUCCCGUCGGGUCCUUCAUUCAUGUCAACGAUUUCCCUGAUCCAAAGUCACUGGCAGAGUAUUUGAAGCAGCUGGACAAAGACGAUGAAGCGUACAUGAGUUAUUUUGAGUGGAGAAGGUACUACACUGCUGCACCUCACUAUCCUAAAAUGGGUGAAAGAUUCUACCAUCCCUUCUGCCUCGCCUGCGACCACAUCGCAAAAGACAAGGACUAUCAUGUGGUCAAUGACCUGCAUGAUUGGUACUUUAUCUGAAAAAAUACUUUACUUUGGCACUUUGGUAUUGAUUGGACACAAAUGGUGAGGAAAAGUAUUUAAUCGUUCUACCACGCCAUAGUGGUCGGGAAUCACUGAUUUAUUAUAUUUGUACUUAUUAGAUUUUAUUGUAAUGGAUAGAUAUAUAUUCCUAUUGUGUUGUAUUAUACUCAGAGAGUGUAUCAGUAAAUUUGAGGGGUGUCUUGUGUUUUUAGUGGUAGUUUGUUGUUUUUUAGAGUUUAGAGUAACAAUGUGAAUUAGUUUAAUUAGUUCAUAAUGUGUUGGGCACACCCUCUGUCAAUGCUGUCAGACUCGUUUGCUUAACAAGAAUUCUGCCUCAAAGAACAAAACAUCUUCCGGUUAAAUCAGUUCAUCUUGUGUUGGGCACAACGUAUCUGCCAAUGUUGUCAGACGUGUUUGCUUGACAGCAAUUCUGUCUCAACACUGGAAGAAAAAUCCUAAUAAAUUAAAAUGUGUCAGACAA